AGCACAGAGUUCUGGAGAAGAAGAAGAAUCUCAAAGCAAACAUGAUGCAUUCGAAGGUCAUCUUUGUCUUCCUUGGUCUGGCUGCCUUAGCUGCCGCGGACAGCAGGGAAAGAUAUACCUAUUCUGCCCCUAGAGCUUCAUCCAGCUCCGAGGAAUCUUUCGAGUCUAGCGAAGCCAAGUAUAGCUUUAACUGGGCCGUGAGCGACGACUCCUCCAGCAACGAAUUCGGACACCAAGAAUCCCGCGACGGAGACGACACUCAGGGAUCCUACUACGUCCAGCUCCCCGACGGACGCCUCCAGAAGGUGUCCUACCAUGUCGACGGCGACGAUGGCUACGUGGCCGAAGUAUCCUACGAAGGAGAGGCCCAGUUCCCAGAUUCCGUGAAAUCCGCAUCUGACGAAUCCUUCGAGGCUCCCAGAUACGCUCCACCAAGGCCUCGUUACUAUGCUCCCGACUCCAACGAAUCUAAGUAGAGUGGGGUUUAGUCUAGUCUCACCUAUUUAUGUAAUUUAUAUGACCCAGAUGCAUUUGACAUUUUUAGCAAUAAAAGAUAUAUAAAGACA